GCGGGGGCGGGGCGCCGGGCGGAGCCGGGCCGAGGCGGCAGUGUCCGGAGCCCGGCUCAGGGGCCGUAGUGGCCGCCGCGGAGCGAGGCUGCCUCGAGAGAGCGCCCGGGCGCAGGAGGGUAAACGGGCCGCCGGGGCUGCGCAGAGCAGAGAUCACCCCCUCCAUGCCCAGAUGCCUGAGUAGUGGCGUGUUGGCUUCCGGUCCCCUCCUCCUUUGCCCCAGGGCCAUCAAGGGAGGAGUGAUGGAGAAUUGGGCAGGCAGGCCCGGGUUGUAUCUGAUGCUGCUUCUGUCCCUCCCUCAACUCUGCCUGGAUCAGGAGGUGUUAUCUGGACACUCUCUUCAGACAGCCCCUGAGGAGAGCCAAGGCCCUGAGGGCGUCUGGGGUCCUUGGGACCAGUGGGCCUCUUGCUCUCAGCCCUGUGGGGUGGGGGUGCAGCGCAGGAUCCGGACAUGUCAGCUCCCUACAGAUCAACUCCACCAGGGCCUGCCCCUCCCACCCCGGCCCCCAAGACUUCCAGAAGCCCUGCUCCCUGGGGGUCAGGGCCCCAGACCCCAGACUUCCAGAGCAACCCUCCCCCUGUACAGGCCACAGCCUCGGGGAACAAGUGGCCCACUUGGAGGUCCUGUUUCUCAGUUAGGGAGAGAGGAGGCCCAGGAGAUUCAAGGAGCCAGGAGGUCCCGGGUUCGAGACCCCAUCAAGCCAGGAAUGUUUGGUUAUGGCAGAGUGCCCUUUGCUUUGCCGCUCCAUCGGAACCGCAGGCACCCCCGGAGGUCACCCAGAUCUGAGCUCUCCCAGGCCUCAGAUCUUCCAUCCCUGACUCCAAGAGCAGAGCCAUCCUCUGCCAACCACACCCCUCAAACUCAGCUCCCUCCUACAGAACUGUCUGCCCACACCCCAUCCCCGCCAGCAGAACCCCAAAGCCCCGAAAUGGCUCAGACAGAGGUGCCAUCUAGAACCAGGCCUGACCCCACAUGGCCCCACCCCAGAGCCCAGGCCUCCAGCACAGAGCCUCCCUCAUCCAUCUUUUCCCCAGGAGAAAGUAGCUCCUUCCAUGUGUCCCCUCAGCCGGGAAUGCCGAGUUCCCAGGGUUGGGCCAGCCCCCGGGUGACAGAGAGAUACCCUAAUCCUUUCCUUUCUGUCCCUUGGGGCCGAGGCCAGCAGAGCCGGGAGCACUGGAGACCUGGGGGGCAUCUUCACAGGUCCCUCACAGAGCCUGCCCCGCACCACCCAGCUGGCUGGUUGCCUCUGCUGAGUGCUGGCCCCCAUUCCAGCUCCCUCUGGAGCCUCUUUGCUCCCAGUAGCCUUGUUCCAAGAUGUUCUGGGGAGAGUGAGCAGCUGAGAGCCUGCAUCCAAGUGCCCUGCCCCCCUGAGCAGCCAGACCCCCGGGCCCUGCAGUGUGCAGCCUUUGACUCGCAGGAGUUCAUGGGCCAGCUCUACCAAUGGGAGCCCUUCACAGAAGUCCAGGGCUCCCAACGCUGUGAACUGAACUGCCGCCCCCGUGGCUUCCGCUUCUAUGUCCGUCACACCGAAAAGGUCCAGGAUGGGACCCUGUGUCAGCCCGGAGCCCUAGACAUCUGUGUGGCUGGACGCUGCCUGAGCCCCGGCUGCGAUGGGAUCCUCGGCUCUGGCAGGCGUCGAGAUGGCUGUGGAGUCUGUGGGGGUGAUGAUUCUACCUGUCGCCUCGUCUCGGGGAACCUCACUAACCGGGGGGGCCCUCUGGGCUAUCAGAAGAUCUUGUUGAUUCCUGCUGGAGCUUCCCGCCUCCACAUUGCCCAGCUCCAGCCCAGCUCCAACUACCUGGCACUUCGAGGCCCUGGGGGCCGGUCCAUCAUCAACGGAAACUGGGCUGUGGAUCCCCCUGGGUCCUACACGGCCGGUGGGACUAUCUUCCGGUACAACCGUCCUCCUCGAGAGGAGGGCACCGGGGAGAGUCUGUCAGCCGAGGGCCCCACAACCCAGCCUGUGGAUGUCUAUAUGAUCUUUCAGGAGGAAAACCCAGGUGUUUUUUAUCAGUAUGUCAUCUCUUCACCUCCUCCAAACCCUGAGAACCCCACCCCAGAGCCCCGUAUCCCCCAACUGCAGCCUGAGAUGUUAAGGGUAGAGCCCCCACCAGCUUCAGCACCCCGCCCUGCCCGCACCCCAGGCACCCUCCAGCGUCAGGUGCGGAUCCCCCAGAUGCCUGCCCCACCCCACCCCAGGACUCCCCUGGGGUCUCCAACUGGAUACUGGAAACGAGUGGGGCACUCUGAGUGCUCCGCAUCCUGUGGAAAAGGUGUUUGGCGCCCUGUCUUCCUCUGCAUUUCUCGUGAGUCAGGAGAGGAACUGGAUGAACGCAGCUGUGCCUUGGGCGCCAGGCCCCCAGCCUCCCUAGAACCCUGCCAUGGUCCCCCAUGCCCCCCAUACUGGGAGGCUGGCGAGUGGACGUCCUGCAGCCGCUCCUGUGGCCCUGGCACCCAGCACCGCCAGCUGCGCUGCCGGCAAGAGUUUGGUGGGGGUGGCUCCUCAGUGCCUCCAGAGCGCUGUGGACAUCUCCCCCGGCCCAACAUUACCCAGCCCUGUCAGCUGCGCCUCUGUGGCCACUGGGAGGUUCGUUCCCCCUGGAGCCAGUGCUCUGUGCGGUGCGGGCGUGGCCAGAGGAGCCGGCAAGUUCGCUGUGUUGGAAACAACGGUGAUGAAGUGAGUGAGCGGGAGUGUGCUUCAGGCCCCCCACGGCCCCCCAACAGAGAGGCCUGUGACAUGGGGCCCUGUACCACGGCCUGGUUCCACAGUGACUGGAGCUCCAAGUGUUCAGCUGAGUGUGGGACAGGAAUCCAGCGACGUUCUGUGGUCUGCCUCGGGAGUGGGGAGGCCCAUGGAGUGGGCCAGGAGGAAACAGGAACAGGAACCAGUGAGCAAAGCUGUGCACCAGGAAGCCGCCCCCCUGACAUGCGUGCCUGCAGCUUGAGGCCCUGUGAGAUGACAUGGUGCUGGUACACGGGGCCCUGGACUGAGUGCUCCUCAGAAUGUGGCUCUGGCACACAGCGUAGAGACAUCAUCUGUGUGUCCAAACUGGGGACUGAGUUCAAUGUGACAUCUCCUAGCAACUGUGCCCACCUGCCCAGGCCCCCCGCCCUGCAGCCCUGUCAGGGGCAGGACUGCCAGGACCGAUGGUUUUCUACAACCUGGAGUCCGUGUUCUCGUUCCUGCCAGGGGGGCAUUCAGACAAGGGAGGUCCAGUGCCUGACUGCCAACCAGACCCUCAGCAUCCGAUGCCCUGCUCACCUGCGGCCCUCCAGGAAACGACCCUGUAACAGCCAACCCUGCAGCCAGCGCCCUGAUGAUCAAUGCAAGGACAGCUCUCCACAUUGCCCCCUGGUGGUACAGGCCCGGCUCUGCGUCUAUCCCUACUACACAGCCACCUGUUGCCGCUCUUGUGCCCAUGUCCUGGAGCGGUCUCCCCCGGAGCCCGCCUGAAAUGGGUCCGGAAGACCCUCUCCUCAUGGUUUUCUCAUGCUCCCAUCAGUCACUCAUCAAUCAGCUCACUCCGUACCCUCUGGCUCUUCAGCCUGUCCUAGUCUCACCAGAGAUGUCCCCCAGGGUGGUUAAAGGUGGCAAGAUGACUUACAGUGACUAUCAAGAUCGGUGGUUGGGUCUGUGUGGUGGUGUGAUGGUGUGUGUGCACAUGUGCGCCUAAAUGUGUUUCUGGGCCUGCAUGGAUGUGUGUGCACUCAUAGGUGUGUAUCACUUCUCAAAAAGAAGUUAGACUGAGAAGGAAUGGGGAGGGGACAAUGCCUGUGUCCCUGAGACUUUUCAAGGCUGAGAGGAAAGCAAGUUUACAGCUCCUUAGUAAUCUGAACUGCUUAGCAACUGGCUUCUCCAUCAGUCCCAACAUUGUGCCCUAAACCUCAUUUCUCAUGUUCAGGCCUCAUAUCUUCGAAACCACCCUUUUGUCCUCUGACCCCUUCUCCCCUUACCUAGUCUCUCUGUCCCUACCUCUCUCAAUUAGCUAGGGAUGGGGGUCACCCCAGGAAGAGGGACUGCCUCCCCAGAGCAGGGACCAGCUGGGCAGGGGAAGGAAAAGAGAAAGGUUAGAAUAAGACACCCUUGCCCCUGCUUCCGCUCCCCACCUCCUAAAAUGGUUCCCACCCCAGAACUAAUUUAUUUUUUAUUAAAGAUGAUUAUGACAAAUGAGAAA